CUUCCCGACCCCCGCGCUGCGCCAGCGCCUGGGAGGGAGGCGGAGGAUGGAAGUGGGUUUAUCGGCCAUUACCCUCUGUCUCGCCAGCAGCCCUGCGGUGGCGACCACGAUGGACCCGGAGCCGGUGGGCCGAGCGGAAGGAGAAGCAGUCGCAGCCCCGGGGGGGGCGGGCGCCGCGUCGGGGAAUCGGCGCGGCAGCCGCUGGGUAAGUAAUGAAAGAGGCUUUGAAAAUGUAGAACUGGGAAUCAUAGGAAAAAAGAAGAAAGUCCCCAGGAGAGUUAUCCACUUUGUUAGUGGUGAAACGAUGGAAGAAUAUAGCACAGAUGAAGAUGAAGUUGAUGGCCUGGAGAAGAAAGAUGUUUUACCUACUAUUGAUCCGACAAAACUUACCUGGGGCCCCUACUUAUGGUUCUAUAUGCUUCGGGCUGCCACAUCAACCCUCUCAGUGUGUGACUUUCUUGGAGAGAAGAUUGCAUCUGUUUUGGGCAUCAGCACCCCAAAAUACCAAUAUGCCAUUGAUGAGUAUUACCGGAUGAAGAAGGAGGAAGAAGAAGAAGAAGAAGAGAAUAGGAUGUCUGAAGAAGCGGAAAGACAGUUCCAACAGAAUAAGCUGCAGGCUGAUUCCCUUGUUCAGACAGAUCAACCUGAAACAGUGGUUUCCACUUCAUUUGUGAAUCUCAACUUUGAAAUGGAGGGAGAAAGUGAAAUAAUUAUGGAAAACAAACAAAACCUAGUCUCUGUCCCACCAUAGAAUGAAAUGACUGCCAACCUUCAAACCCUAUGGUGUUUUUUAAUAACAGGAACUUUCACAUUCUUCACUCAGUGGAAAUAAUAGUUAUUUAUAUUUUAAGUUAUUAAAUUAUCUGGGAAGGAAAAAUAUUUCAUUUGUAGGCUAUAUCUAGCAAAAGCCAGAUCUGAAAUUUGAAUAUCUGUAAUAUGCUUUGUGUAUCAAAUCAGUGCUUUGGUUUUGAAAUGAUCUUUAAAAGUUGAGAUUCUAGAACCUUAAUUGCCAGUUAAGAAGAGUUAAACUGUCAAUCUUAUCCAUUAUUUGUACAUUUGCUUUAAAAAAACAAAACAAAACAGAAAGGUGAUUUGCUGAUGAAGGCUAACUGGAACUGUUAACCUGGAUUAAAAUGAAGAUUUUUCCCCCUAGACUUUCUCAUGCUAUGCCUUGCAUUUAUAUAUCUAACCAUUAAUUUCACAUUAAAGGUGGUUCAGAGUGUAAUAAAAGGAGCAAGAUGGAAGCACUUUGAA